AUGACUAUCGCUAGUAUUUUAAAAUUACCCAUAGAAAUAAUACAAAGAAUCAUUGAUUUAAUUGAUGAUAGAAAUACUUUAUUAGCAUUAACAGCAAUUACUCAAUUUAAAGAUUCAAUUUACAAAAGAUUAUUUCCAAAAUUAAAUAUAUUUUAUAAACAACCAAAUAAAUCAGCAAAUUAUUUUUAUGGUAAUAAACUUAUUUCAUUCUACUUUCUAUCAAAAUUUUUUAAUUUUUUAGAUGAUUAUGAUAAUUAUAUACCAAUUGAAAUUUCAACAAACAUCGAUACAUUAUAUGAAUUAAUUAAUUUAAAAAAUUUAAAUUUUACAAAUACCAAAUUUAAUUUAUUUAUUCAUCCUUAUCAUACAAUUAAAGAUUUGGAAUUUUCUUUUACAAACUUUGAAAUAAAUUCAGUUGUGUUAAGACCUUAUUUUGACUAUCAGUUAACUGGGACACUAUAUGAAAAUAAUGAAGUUUAUUUUGGUCAAUUGAAAAAUGAAGAAUUUCAAAAUAUUACUUUUCCAGACACUUUGGAAAAGGUUGACGUAGAAUAUGAUAAUAUUUUUUUAAGAAAUUUACCACGUUCAUUACGUGAGCUAAACUUAAGGGAGAUUGAUGAUUUAAAUUCAAUUAAACUACCUUUAUCAUUAAGAUCAUUAUCUUUAACAAAUUGUAAGAUUAAUGGGGAAGUGUUAGACUUGAGCUAUCUUUAUCAAUUGAAAAAUUUUGAAUCAAAUGACAUAGCUCGAAUUGAUAGUGAUUACUUAUCAGGUGAAUUGAAACUAUCAUCUUCCAUAGAAUCAAUCUGUUUGAGUUCUUGUGAUUUACAAAGUUUGAAUAGGCCAAGUGAUUACAAAAAUUUGAAAGUUUUCAAACUCAUGCGUUGUGGAGGAUCAAUUUUUUUGUUCAAUACAAAAUUACCUCCUCGGUUGGAAUAUCUAGAAAUGGAUUCUCCAGGUUUAAAUUCCGUUGUCAUGGAACAAAGUCGAUCAAUGAACUCAGAUAAUGUUACUUUAAUCGAUAGACCGCAAAAUGGAAAGUUAUUCAACAUUGGUGGUGAAAAUAUCUUCCCUUUAACUUUAAAAAGUUUAAAAUUGACUGAGAUGAGUAAAAUAGUAUUAGAUACACAAUUAGAUUUACCUUAUUUGGAAAUACUUGAAAUCAGUGGAGCUGCUCUUCCCAAUCCACAUAGAAUAAUAAAUGAAAACUUAAUCAAUUUGAGAAAAUUGACUGUCAAUUUUUGUGAUUCACCAAUGGAAUCUGUCAAAUUUCCAAAAAAUUUAGAAUACUUGAAUCUCAGAAAUAAUCGCAUAUAUUCCUUGAUACCAUUUAACUUGAUACAGUCGAAUAAACUUAAACAUUUAGAUGUUUGUGAGAAUCGAAUAACUAGUAUUACUGGACAAUUAGCUCCAAAUUUAAAAAUACUUGAUAUAUCGUAUAAUCCAAUAAUUAAAUUACAUAAACAAGAAAACUUAGAACAAUUAAUCUUAAGUACUUCGACGAAAACAGGUGAUAUUUGUAUCAAUAAUUUAGAAAGUUUUGAAUUAGAAAUUGAAGAUUUUGAUUAUUUUUCAAAAUUUCUUGGACUAGAAGUUGGAUGUGAACAAUAUGAAGCAUGCAAAAUUUAUGAUUAUAAGUUUGAUUCAUGUUACUAUUUGAAAAAAUUAAUCUUACGUCUUGAAGUGGAAAAAUGUAAUAUUGAACAUUUCAAUUUUAAUAAUUUACCAAAAAAUUUAGAAAAUUUUUCAAUUAUUUAUUCUGAUUUAAAUUCAAUAUAUGGUUCAUUAGAAAAUUUAAAGAAUUUGAAAUUGCUUAACUUAAAAUCAAAUAGAAUUAAUAAUAGUGGACUUGAAAAUUGUUUAUUUUCAUCUCCAAAUUUGGAAGCUAUUGAUUUAAAUGGGAAUUAUAUUAAAAAUACUGAUUGUAUUAAAAUUCGAGAUUGUCCAAGAUUAAUUGAAUUGAAUUUGAAAAUGGUAUCACUGAUUAGAUUAUAUAUCACUGAUGGAUUUGAAGAAAAAUUGAAAUUAACUUGUCCAAGACUAAGUAUAGUUAGAGGAUUUAGAAAGGUUUAA